CUUCUUUUUUUUUUUUUUUUUGGGUGAAGUAGCGAAUUCCACUCGGGGUGUGUGUUUUUUACUUGCAGAGUGAGUUUCGCUGAGUUUGUUUGUAAACGCUGCGAGUCUGUGCUUCUUGGUUUGCGAGACCUUGUUGUUUCUGCCCUGGAUGUACACCGCUUUGUUUCGGAUUGUGGUUUCUUGUUAUCCCUGGAAAUCUCGUUCUGAAUCACGGGCUCGGUACUUUGUGUCUGAUCUCACUUUCUUGUAUCGUCUAGUAAUAAUUUAGCAUCACCAGCGGAAGUGGAACAAGGUCCUGACACUGAAUGUUCACUCUCCUGACAGGACUACUUGAACUCCCAACAUGUUGAGAUUUUGGCAGCGGACCCUCGGGCGCCGGUCGAUUCGCAAACACGCUCAAAAGGAGCAUCUGCGGCAGGGACAGAGAGCCUCCACUCAUAUCCCCGCAGCGGGAGAAGCCAAGUCCAUCAUCACCUGCCGAGUGUCACUGCUGGACGGGACGGACGUCAGCGUGGACCUGCCGAAAAAAGCCAAAGGGGAGGAGCUGUUUGAGCAGAUCAUGUACCACCUGGAUUUAAUAGAAAAGGAUUAUUUUGGGCUCCGCUUUAUGGAUUCGGCUCAAGUUCCGCACUGGCUGGACAAUACGAAGAGCAUCAAGAAGCAAGUGAAGAUCGGACCGCCGUACUGCCUCCACCUCCGUGUGAAGUUCUAUUCGUCGGAGCCCAAUAACCUGCAUGAGGAGCUCACCAGGUAUCUAUUUGUGCUGCAACUAAAGCAAGAUAUUCUCAGUGGAAAAUUGGAAUGCCCCUUCGACACGGCAGUACAGUUGGCAGCCUUUUCCUUGCAGGCUGAGCUUGGUGACUGUGAUCCUGCGGAGCAGGGCCCUGAGCUGGUGUCAGAGUUCCGCUUCAUUCCUGAGCAGACAGAGGACACGGAGCUGUCAAUCUAUGAGAAGUGGAAGGAGUGCAGCGGUCAGAUGCCAGCCCAGGCUGAAAUUAACUACCUAAACAAAGCGAAGUGGCUGGAGAUGUAUGGAGUGGACAUGCACACUGUGAAGGCCAGAGAUGGAAAUGAGUACAAGUUGGGGCUGACCCCCACUGGAGUGCUGGUGUUUGAGGGAGAGACCAAGAUUGGUCUGUUCUUUUGGCCCAAGAUAACCCGGCUGGAUUUCAGGAAGCACAAGCUCACGCUCGUGGUGGUCGAGGAUGAUGAGCAGGUAAUGCAGGAAGCUGAGCAGGGGAAAGAGCAGGAGCACACGUUCGUGUUCCGCAUGGAUCAUCCCAAGGCUUGCAAGCACCUGUGGAAGUGUGCUGUGGAGCACCAUGCCUUCUUCCGGCUGAGGGGACCGGUCCAGAAAGGCGUGGCCCGGUCCAGCUUCAUUCGCAUGGGGUCUCGCUUCAGAUACAGUGGCAAAACGGAGUACCAGACAACAAAGGACAACAAAGCGCGGCGGUCUGCUUCAUUCGAGCGCAGGCCCAGCAGGCGCUACUCCAGGAGGACGAUGCAACUCCGAGGUACACAGCUGUCGAGCCGCGAGCACGCCAGCCUGGUGAAUAAUGAGCGGGUCACAGCACAUCAAGGGAGCAGAAAUCAAGACGCAAAACCACAGAACCAUGUCUUUAAGCAGAACAAUUGUGCAAAGGUGCUGAACAAGCGCCCCACCCUGCCUGUCGUCGCUGCAGUGCCUGCCACCCCCAUCCCACUGGAGAUUGAGACCCUCCCCCGGAGCCCCGGAGCCAGCCAAUCGGAGAAGAUGAGCUUGCCCCUGAUUGCUGAUUUGCUAGACAGCCAGGACCUGUUGGAGACUCGCAUUGAAGAGGUCAUUCGGGUGCCCGUUACCAUGACAACGGCAGGCAUGCCUGAAGAGGAGGGCCCCAGCACGGCUGCUUCAGGGUCCAAUGAAAACGCAGAAGAGAAGGCUUUGAGCGCGUAUGAAGAUUCCGCAACGCAAAGGAAGCGGUUAGAGAUCGAGAGCAUUGCUGAGUCUGCUGCUCCCAGGUCCAAUAUCAAUGUCAAUAUGAACAAUCGGGAGGAGGUGGUUAAGCUAAUAGAGAAGUCCCUGAACAAUGUGACCAGCAGCCCCGCUGUGGCUCCGAGUCGCCCCCCGGAGGAGCUGAAGAGCAACAUCCUGAAAGCACAGGCAGAGGCAGCCUUAAAGGUAACGAGAGAGGACACUCUGGUGACGGGGGACAAAAACUGCAACCUUCAGGAAGCAGUCUCCAGGAAUAUGGUUCUGUUCGGAAGGACAGGGAGCAGCUCUGUCUCCCCACCAUCGGUACCAGUGAGACCGGAGCGGCAGGACUCCAGGGACCUUCUUAGAACCACGGUCACGCCCAGUGAUGAAGUCCAGCCUGUGCCCCUCUCUGAAGAUCACCUUUCUCCAGCCACAGCUUUCUCUGCAGAACCAGACAAAGAUGCCACCGUGGGCUUAAAGAGUAAAACGGAGGAACUGGACAGUCUGAUGUCAUCUCUAACUGAGAAUCUGAUCGAUUUUACCGAUGCCACGCCAUUGACUCAGACCAAGCCAGUAAUGACUCCCAGGUGGAUUGUGCCAGCAAGUACAAGUGGAGUGUUUACCAAUGGCCUUGUAGAAAGUGAUGCCACUCCCCCCACAGAGAGAGUGCAGCUGAAUCCGGAGUCUCUCGGCCUGACUGCAGCAUCAUCAGUGAGUCGGAGGCCUGCAGGGAUUGCUACAAGCAUCGUGAACAAUCAAGAGAAGGAAGAUGUGACGAAGCCCAAGCGCCUGCUGACCACGGAACUCUGAGGAGGACACGCCCCUUUUCUCUAUUGGACGAUUCCUCCACAUGCUGUCUCUCCUUAACAAAACUAAAACUGGAGUACAGUACCACAACUGGAAUAAUAUAUUUCUCAUUUUUAAUUUUAUCUAUGUUGAUCUACCAAUACUAGUGGGGGAGGGAUAAAUGAUUCCUACUUUGUCAGCUACUUGACCCAGACAGGGCAUUGCUGAUGUGGGAGAGGGGCAGCGGUGUACUCUGACCAUGCAAAGCCUGGCUGUGUGCUGUGCUGUGCUGUACUGGACCUCAUGUACAUUACACUGACAGUAGGACCAAGCCCAGUUUCUGAUUGUUGUCUUUAGCCCUGUGUGAAAGCCUUGUUCUUAACCCUCAUUCACAUUCCUCAACGUGUCGCAGAGCUGCAGUUUCAAGUAGAUUCUAGAAGGUUAUUGAUUGUUAUUUCAUGACAUGUUUUAGGUGUUCUGUGUAUUUAUCUAGUCUACUGGUAAUGGCAGCAGAUUUGAUCCCAGCCAUGUAGUGAUGUUUACACAACAGCAGAGAGACCUUGGACACCACAAUGAGAUGGUGUUCGUGUUCCUUGAAAUCCUAUUGAAUGUUCACAGGUAGUUUUAUACAGAUGCUGGUAUGUGGGGUGUCUCUAGCAGAAAUGAGGGGGUAUUUUGAAGCUACAGUAAGAACGUGAUGUGUCUGAAUGAGGUAUUGUCUGGCACCUAAAGACGUGUUAAAUGUCUGGGAGAUUGUUGCUAAUCUCACUGACUAAGGUUUAGUUUGUGAACUCCAGGGAUUCCCUCUGAUUAGAAAUGUUUACUGAGCUUAAGUCAUUCCAAAUGUCUGAGUUGUGCUGAUACAGUUCCCAUUAAAGAUGAUCUUGUUGAGUUUUAGUAGUCUGGGAUACAGGUGCAGAGUGUGUGUGUUUUAAAAACAGUAACCUUCAGGUAGGAAUCCAGUGAUUUGGGCAGAAGGCUCGCUCUUGCAGUUAUUGUGUGUUUUUUUUUUUUUGUUUGUUUUAUAUCAAAGUGGUUUUCAUUAAGCAGAGUAUCUUGGUUUUAAACAUGAUCCUGAUUCUAAUGAGCAUCUUGAACUGCAGCAGUGCCAUUGUGUUUCAAUGUGCUGAUGUGAAUGGACAUUUUCAUAUUGCUGCAACAUGCAGAUUUAUCGGUGGUUUAGUAUAUGCACACUGUGUGAGGUGACAAAACCACAUGGUCCUUACACUGUGUAUAGGAAGAAAAAAAAGUAUUCAUUAUAAAUACUUGAAAUUGUAUUCUUCUGAAUGAUGCUUCUCAAACAGAGAAGUGAGUCUCGCUCUCUCGUCUGCUCUCUCAAGAACCUUUCAUGCUGAGCGUUCACUCUUCCUUUUAUUAUUGGUUAUUGAUGACUGCACAGCUACAGCAUAGUUUAACCCCUUAAGGUACACAUCUAUUUAAGAUGAGUCUGAGUGACUCAGGUAUCACGAGGAAUUGACAAUUCAGAUGACCAGAUCCAACCUGUCAGUAAAUUUUAAACCCUGUUACACACACCUCAUUGCAAAAUAAGAAAGUCUGCAUCAUUUUUAUUUGUGGGACGCAUGUCCCUUGUACUUCAAAGGGUUAAGGUCUGCUUAAUAAGUAUCAGAAGGUGUAAAAGUAUAGCAAUGUUUUUGUAUUAGUAUUAUAGAAAUGUAUAAAUCUACUGUAUACACUGAGGUGCAUAUCGUACUGAACAGCCACACUGUGCACGCUGAGUUUAUAGCACUGUCUGCCCAUGUAAGUGCAAUUCGCUGUAGCUCUUGAGCUGUGAUUUUUAUUAUUUUUAUAAAAGUACUCUGUUUCACUUUGUAUAUUUCACAGUGUUGCGUAGAUGUAAAAACCUGUAUUGGAAGGCACUGCACUGAUUUCUAUAUUUCGUAUGUACAUUGGUAAAGAUUCUUGUCGUGCACCUGAAGCUAUUUCUUCAAAUAAUUAAAACAUUUACCAGA